UCCGUCUAUUGUCUCUCUCCUAUGUAUAUAUACUUGCUGUUUCUUCAAUAAAGGGAUCAGAUAUUCAUCCAUCCAAAAGGUGAUAUAUAUUUAACUUCGUUAAAGCUUCAUUUUUGAGAGAAUGGCAUCUACCAGCAGUAAACGUUGCACAUUAUCGAUUGAGCAAAAAUUGGAAAUCUUGGAAGCACUGAAAUCGAAAAAGCCAGACGAUGUGGCUAAAGACUUCAACAUCGGAUGACGAAAUUUGCGAUUCAGUGAAACUAAAUCGACAAGGAAUGGCCGAUUUAGAAGAAGAAGCCGGAAUUUCUUAUGAAUCGAUACUAGGUGUCUCUCAUAAAGAUGCACUGAUGCAUCUUUCGAUGGUUCGCAAGUAUUUGGAAGAGAAUUUUACAGAGUAUAAUUCAUAUUAUGAUAUCGAAGACAUGAUCGAAAAGAACGCUUUAAUUAAUCGUACUCAAAGUAAAAUCACGACUUUCUUUAAGUAAAUUUAUGUAUGUCUAUGUACUACUUAAUAAAUGUUGACAAGAAACAAUUUUUGCACUGUUUUACAUAUAGUUCGGAUAAAGGAGCGGUCCGGAUAUAAGAGCCUCUUUUAGAAACCCCGACUGCGCUAUUAUAAGCGGACUCGACUGUAUAAUAAUUCUAAAGACGUAUGACUGAUAUGAGAUAUUCUUUUCCCUAGAAAGAAUGAAAUAUAUUUUCGUCAUUUGUUUUGCUUUUUCUUUCCAAUGAUGGAAUGACUCAACGACGCUUUUGCUUUCGUAAGUUGACAUUUAAAAAAUUGCUACAAAUCUCAGGUACAAAUAAUAAAAAAAAAUAUAGAGGAGGAAGUAGUAUUAACUAUGUUUACUAAUACAGCAUACAUAGAAUAUACACAUGAGAUUUUUGUCGUUUAUUUUGAUUGUGGUAGUAUUUUUAGAUAAAUAGAAAGGUGACAUAUAGUCAACAAAUUUACUUGAUUAUAUUAUGUGGAUUAAUUUAAUCGUAUUAUCCAUUCUCAUUAAAUUAUGGAUUCAAAGAGACAACAACAACUCUAUAUUCAUGAAUUAGAUUAUAAAGAAAACAAUUUAUUACAAAGUAGAUAAAGAUAAUCUGAAUAUUUAAUAAUCAUUUUUUUCGUUUUUAUUCAUUUUAGUAGUCACUAAUGAGAACAAAAAAAUAAUUCAUUCUAUCGAAGAUUUAUCUAAUGAAAUCUUGUAUGCUAUUUUUGAUUAUCUCGAUGGAUGUCAUUUAUAUGAAUCAUUUGCAAAUCUUAAUACUCGUUUUCAAAAUCUUCUUAUAAAAUCUUUUCUACCUCUUAAAAUUAACAUUGAUUCUAAACAUGAAUUCAUUAUUGAAUAUUAUUGUAAGAAUAUUAUCAAUCAAAAUAAAUCUCGACUUGUUUUACUCGAGUUGUCAACUACUACAGCUGUUAAACAAUCUUUAAAAUUAAUCACUAUCAAUUCAUUAUUUAAUCAUUUACAAUCACUUGUUAUCAAUGGUAUUGUUGAACAUAAACUUCAAUUACUUCUUAAACAAUUAGCUUCUUUACCAUGUUUUCAUUCAUUAAAUAUUUCUGUCGUUGGUGAAUUGGAAUCUUUUGAUACGAUCUACAAAUUGAUCUUUUGUUUACCUUUUUUAAAAUAUAAUUUGCUAUCCUACGGCCCAUGGAGAGUACCUAUUACAUUACCAAUCGCUACAAGUGAACAAUAUAGUUUUAUUGAAUAUUUAAAUAUCGAUAUUAUUAUAUCUUUCAAUGAAUUAAUUACUCUGCUUUCAUAUACAUCUAAAUUACGUCAUUUAACUUGUCAACAAUUGUAUAGUUCAACUACAUGUAUUCAAACACAAAGAACACUUGUAUUACCUUAUCUAACAUAUGUUAAUUUUCAUCGAUGUCAUUUACAAUUUUCUGAACUUGAAAUAUUGAUUAAUAUGAUCGGCUCUCAAUUAAAAGUAUUACAUUUUACUACGUCAGAUAACAUAACGUUUCUUGAUGUUAAUCGUUGGCAAAGCUUGAUUUUACAGUAUUUACCAAAUUUAUUCAAAUUUGAAUUUGAAUAUGAUGAAAAGAUUCCUAAUGUUUUUCAAUUAGAAUCACAUCAUCAACAAAUUAAUCAAUUUACAUCAUUGUUUUGGAUCCAACGACAGUGGUAUCUACAAAUUCAAAUUGAUGCAGUACCUUUUUCUAAUAAUCGAAUAAUAUAUUCGAUUCAUUCAUACAGGAAGAAAUGGUAUCAUUUAUAUGAAUAUAUGAACCAACAAAACAAUUCUAUUGAUAUUAAUUCAGAAAAUAAUCGAUCUCGUUUGACUUCAUCUUUUCGAGAUGUCGAAUUAAUGGCAACCAAUCGUUGUGACUUCGAACAAUAUCAAUCUUUUAUUGAGAAUAUUAAAUCUUUAUUUCAAUUCGUACAUAUUACUUCUUUGAAUAUUGAUUUACGUUAUUCAACAAUUAAUUUACUUAUUCAUUUCAUAUACGAUUUACCUAAUCUUAAUUCAUUGUGUAUGUCUUGUUUACCUUUAUUAGAAGUGAAUAUUUCAGCUGACACACAAUCAAAACUUCAAUCAAUAUCGAUUAAUAAUAAAAUUACAAGAGUGAAUCUUGAAAAGUUGAUAGAAAUCAAACAACUUCAAUUUAUCAUUAAUCUUUGUCAACGUUUGGAAUUUUUACAAGUUGAAUGUACAAAUAAUGUAAAUAUUGAAUUGGUGAUACGUUUUAUUAUGAUGAGUUAUAGAACUAAGUCUCUUCUUUUUAUUCAUUUAUUGUGUCUUCACUUUCCAACAGCAGACCAGAAAAUGAUUGUAAAAAUACAAAAGAUAAUUGACUCGGAAAAACUGCUUAAUGACUAUUCAAUUAAACGUAAUCUUGAUAAAAUAUAUUUACAAUGGAAAUAA